AUGAAAAUGUUAAUAAAAAGACAGUUACAUAUAUCUGCAUGUCUGCAGUUUAUCAGGCGCCCAAAUUUUGAUGUUAAAGGUAUUAUUUCAAAACUACCCAGUUACGUGGACUCCGUUAAAGGGAGAGAAUUGGUGGUAAGCGAUGAGUUGCUUUCCCAGCUGAACCAACUACAAAACAAGCAACAACAAAUAGGUGACCUUAAUAAAGAGAUCUCUUAUGUCCAAACCAGGCGAAAGCAAAUUGAGUCUGAAAUAAAAAAGGAUAAGUCAUCGAUCGUGCAGCUGAAAACUGAAUUGAAGAAUCUAAAAGAAAAGUUUCAGAACUUCAUGGCAGAGCAAAACUCGAUAAAAGAUUCGAUCUUAGAAACUUGCCUCUCUUUGCCCAAUCUGGUUCAUCCAGAUGUUCCAAAAACAGAUCCUGAAAUAGUUCACUGGAUUAAUCCUAAGGCAGAAUAUAAACCGGAUCCCAUUAGAGACCACCAUCGCAUAAUGGUCAAAAAACAUUUAGUAGAUUUCGAUACAGCUGCCUCCGUGACAGGAACUUCAUGGUACUAUCUUAUUAAUGAGGGAGCAAUGCUGGAACAGGCUCUUGUCCAAUAUGCAUGUAAGAAAGCGCGUAGCUGGGGUUACAAGCUAUGCCUUCCACCUUCCAUUGUAAGAAAUGAAGUGAUAAAUGCAUGUGGGUUCAGACCUAGAGAUAUGAAUGAUGAAAGGCAGAUAUUCCAUCUAAGUGAAACUAAACUGGGGUUAACUGCUACUGCAGAAAUUCCACUAGCGGCUUUGGGCCUUGAAAAGACCAUAGAUAUUGAAAGGUCGACACCGGUGGUGGGCGUCAGCCGCAGCUACAGAGCAGAAGCGGGUUCUAGAGGAAGAGAUACAAAGGGUUUAUACAGAGUUCAUGAGUUUACAAAGGUUGAACUGCUCCAUUGGGCAAAGCCGGAGGAAAGUGAUGCUACCUUAGAAAAACUGAGAGCCUUCCAAACAGAAAUUAUAACAGAGUUGGGCCUUUCUGGUAAAGUCUUAAACAUGCCAAUGAAUGACUUAGGAUCACCUGCGUACAAAAAGUACGAUAUCGAAGUAUGGAUGCCCGGUAGAGGUACGUUUGGUGAAGUCUCUAGUGCUUCUAAUUGCACCGACUAUCAGAGUAGGAGAUUGAAUUCAAAGUUCGAAGAUAAGUCAACAGGUAAGCUAAAUUACGUCCAUACAUUAAAUGGUACUGCAAUGGCUGUUCCAAGGGCUAUAAUAGCUAUAGUCGAAAAUUUCUAUGAGCCCAGUACAGAGCGCAUAACAAUUCCGAAACCAUUGAGGCCAUAUAUGGAUAAUAUGGAGUAUAUAUAG